CUGUUAUUGUCGUUAUUGGUGUUAUUGCCGUUAUUAUUGGUGUUAUUGCCGUUAUUGGUGUUAUUGCCGUUAUUGCCGUUAUAGCUGUUAUUGCCGUUAUUGGAGUUAUUGCUGUUAUUGCCGUUAUUGGUGUUAUUGCCGUUAUUGGUGUUAUUGCCGUUAUUGGUGUUAUUGCCGUUAUUGCAGUUAUUAGUGUUAUUGGUGUUAUUGCCGUUAUUGGUGUUAUUGCCGUUAAUGCCGUUAUUGCCGUUAUUGGUGUUAUUGCCGUUAUUGGUGUUAUUGCCGUUAUUGCAGUUAUUGCCGUUAAUGCCGUUAUUGCCGUUAUUGGUGCUAUUGCCGUUAUUGGUGUUAUUGCCGUUAUAGCUGUUAUUGCCGUUAUUGGAGUUAUUGCCGUUAUUGGAGUUAUUGCUGUUAUUGCCGUUAUUGGUGUUAUUGCCGUUAUAGCUGUUAUUGCCGUUAUUGGAGUUAUUGCUGUUACUAGUGUUAUUGGUGUUAUUGCCGUUAAUGCCGUUAUUGCCGUUAAUGCCGUUAUUGCCGUUAUUGGUGUUAUUGCCGUUAUUGGUGUUAUUGCCGUUAUUGGUGUUAUUGCCGUUAUAGCUGUUAUUGCCGUUAUUGCCGUUUUGGCUGUUAUUGCCGUUAUUGCCGUUAUUGGUGUUAUUGCCGUUAUUGGAGUUAUUGGUGUUAUUGCCGUUAUUGCCGUUAUUGGUGUUAUUGCCGUCAUUGCCGUUAUUGAUGUUUUUGCCGUUAUUGCCGUUAAUGCCGUUAUUGCCGUUAUUGGUGCUAUUGCCGUUAUUGGUGUUAUUGCCGUUAUAGCUGUUAUUGCCGUUAUUGGAGUUAUUGCCGUUAUUGGAGUUAUUGCUGUUAUUGCCGUUAUUGGU